GUUCUCAACGGGGGGGGGUGUGUGUGUGUGAAAUGUCUGUGUUGCUCUCAGAGAGUUAAGCUCUGCUGCCAGGAAUUUGCAGUUUCUCCCUAGGCCGCGGGGGAUGGAAGAGGGCGGGAGAGCGGGCAGGCUAUGCAACAAGUGGAGAAUUCUCUAUUGGCCUCUGGAAUGCAUGAGCUGAGCAAGGGAUUUCUGUGGACACCCAGCCUUAUGUGAGCUGUGCCUUGGCUCUUGCUGUCCCUUCUGGGGCAGCCGAACCGGGUGAUGGCUUCAUCAGAGCGGCUCCCUGGGAUGUCCCACCACCGCGACCUCUGCCGCCGCACCGUUCAUCUGCUGAGGAAGAUGCGCUCAGAUGUCAGUAGCCUCCUGGAGUCCUACGUUGAGAAACAAGAGUUGGACAAAAACUUCAACCUGGACUCGAUUGAUGGCGUGCCAACAGCUGGCACUGAACAGUGGAGCGAGAUUUCAGAUGCGGAGCGCCUAGGAGACAACCUGAAAGCUUACUGGGCAUUUCAGAUAUUACUGGAUGAAAUCCUGGAAGAGCAGAGGUCCCACUUGAGCCCAGACGACACAGCUUUCCAUGAGUCUAUCCAGUCUGUUGUGCUCCAGGUCUCGGGUCUCGCUUACCAACUGGAGGAACUGAUGGCAAUGCUGGAGCACAAUGUACCAGCCAAAGAGUUGGGAAGUAUCAGAGAUGCUGGUGGAAAGAGCUCAUUUGAGAAGAAAAUGAGGGGCAUGAAAGUACUGCAGGAGCUUGCCCAAUGGACUGUCCGGUCUGUCCGGGACCUGCACCAUAUCUCCAAGUCUGUUCAGACAGGCGCCAUUCCACGUUCGAGUCGCCGCCUGGCUCAAGCCCAGAAGAAAUGAGGCUGCUCUUCUCUGUUGAGGGUCUUUCCUUUCCAAAGGCCGUACCUCCCUCUCAGCUGUGGUGCAUUGGAUUGGUACAGUAUGGUCCGAGUGAGCCCUCUGAUGAGAGAGUAGGAGUGACUAGCGCUUUCCAGAUGUUAGUAUUUAUUUCCUUUUGAGAAACCCUCAAAUUCAAGCCGCAUACCAGCAUUAAUUAUGGUGUGGAUUCACACAACCUUUGACGUGGAGACUUUAGCGACCACAUGCCGGUUGGGGUUGACUUGCACGCACUUUGUUCUGAGGAUUCAGGGUGGGUUGCAGGAAGUGUAGCUUUAGAGAAACCUCGGAAUUUAAUCUGGGGAAGGUCAGCCAGCAGGUAUACAGGAUGAACCAGAGAUUUCAGCCUCUCCUCUUUCCCCUUCCCACCACAUUCUGAACCCUGCAGUCUCAUUUGCUGUUACUGUUUGUUUGAAGAUUGCAUCAAAAUCCUUUUUGACUUCCACACGCUGGGAGGGGGAGAAAACUUUUACUUGAGUUUGCCUUGACAGUAAGUCAUCUGAAUCCACCCCUGCUGAAUUUCCCUUGGGCAAAUUCAACUAAAGUGAUUAUGUAAGCUGGAUCCAUUGCAGGGGGGUUGGACUAGAUGA